AUGUUCCCGCCACCGAUUGGCAUGCAGCUGUCAGCGUCUAGCUCAAGCUCACAAACGGGUCACCUUAUUGCUCUGCUUCAAAUACUUCGAUGGCCAGAUUUUGAUUUGUCAGAACCGGGCAGUGGUGUGCGCGAAGGAAGGAUUAUCCUCAUAAGGGUUGGCGUUUCAGAUUGGCCAAGAGUUUCACACUUUACCGUUUGCAGUGAGGAGUCAAUCGUGCGUCGAAUACGAUCCCGUCACACCGCAACUCACUCCUUCGACAACGGCCGCAACUACGCCGACAGCGACCCCGUUGGUCUCGCGAGCCUGCACCCCCUUUCUCUCUCCCGCUGGGACGCCUUCUCCGGCGCAGGUGUUCAGAUCGACACCUCUUCCACAAGUUUCCGGUUUGCAAGGGCAGUACUUCUUCCGGGGGUCUCCCGUCAUGACGUCCACGCAACCGCCUCACCUAUCGUGGAGUUCUAUACAACAACCUCACUCCUGGACAUCAACAAGAGCUACGUCGUAUUCACCAUAUCCGCAGACGCCACGGAUGUCGAUGGCAACUCCACGUAUGUUCGAUUCUGGAGUGCGUACCUUUCGGUCUCAAUGUUUUUGGCGGGAAUGCGCUAUUUUUGGGCGGGAACUGUUUAA